GAGAAUUUGCUUAUGGAUAUGUCCCACCCUGUUUCGUUCUAUAAUUUCAAUUUUAUCUCAACAAUAAUUUAUUUCCACUUAUAUUCUUUAUUUCUGAGUAUUAUUAUAAAACAGUAGGGAAGAAAAAUGAUCAGUAAUAUAGGGAUACUAAAUGUAGUAGAAUAGAAGCAUGUAUGUCUGCUAGAAGUACAUAAGUAGUAGUGUGCGUUGUGGUCAUGUUGGAAACUAGAUCUAUGCGAGGAAUGCCAGAUCCUUCUUGGCAAACCAGUAGUAAUUACGGAUCAAAAAUUUCACAUCAGAUGGCUGGCCUGAACAUUCGAUAUGGCAAAGCUGGUCAGGAUGAUGUUUGUUAUGUUGUGGCCAAGUACGAUUACGAACAUCAGGGGCCUCAAGAGUUAGAUUUGCGUAAAAACGAACGUUACGUUCUUCUCGACGAUUCGAAACAUUGGUGGAAAGUGCAGAAUUCGCGAAACCAGGCUGGCUACGUUCCUAGCAACUAUGUAAAGAAAGAAAAACCUUCUCUAUUUGAUAGUAUCAAAAAGAAGGUAGGAACCAGUAUUGCGGUGAAGAAAGGUUCAGGAUCGAAAACGCUUCCUUCGAAUAAUUCGCCGUCUAGAACAGUAGAAUCUCCGAACAUGGCGCGAAGAGCGGCAGCCGAUCCUUCGGAAGCCAUAGGAAUUGCGGUCGUCAAAUACAACUACCAAGCUCAGCAGCCCGAUGAAUUGUCUUUAGUGAAAGGUUCUAGGAUUUUAAUAUUGGAAAAGAGCAACGACGGCUGGUGGAGGGGUCAAAGCAGCAACAUCACUGGUUGGUUUCCCUCCAAUUAUACGCAGGAAGAAGGCGAUCUGGACGACACCAUGCAUACCUAUGCCAUGGCCGAAAACGUCUUGGACAUCGUCGUAGCUCUAUAUUCGUUCUCUUCGUCCAACGAACAGGAAUUGUCGUUUGAAAAAGGAGAUAGGUUAGAGAUUUUAGAUAGGCCGCCGAGCGAUCCAGAGUGGUAUAAAGCUAGAAAUUCUCAAGGACAAGUAGGUUUGGUUCCGAGAAACUAUUUACAAGAACUAUCGGACUAUAUGGAUCGGCCUUACCAAGAGAGGAACAAACAAGAACUCAUGGAUUCCUCGAUGGUCAGUUCUCAAGUAUCACAGGCCUCAAUGAUGGAUAAACCGCAUCUGGUGGACAAGCCUUGGUACUACGGAACCAUUUCAAGAAACGUUUGUGAUAAUUUAUUAAAUCAAUUUGGACACGACGGUGACUUUUUAAUUCGUGACAGCGAGACAAAUGUUGGUGAUUAUUCAGUGUCAUUAAAAGCGCCAGGCCGGAACAAACACUUCAGGGUGCACGUAGAGGGCGCCCUGUACUGUAUAGGACAACGAAAAUUCCACACCCUCGACCAACUGGUCGACCAUUACCAGAGGGCGCCCAUCUACACCAACAAGCAGGGCGAAAAACUUUAUCUCGUGCGGCCUCUGCCCAAAACAAAAUAGGAAACAAGUUAUAAAUUUAAUAUAUUUUGUGUGAGUGUUUUUUUACAUUGCAAGUGGCUUUAGUAUAUACAUAUAUUUAUAGAUGAAUUGCUAAUAAGGGAAAUGCCAGGAGGAGAGAGGUAACAGUGUGUUAAUCGGUUGGUGCGGCCCUAUAUUGGUCUUAGAGAAUUUUAUUAUAAUUUUUUUAUAACCUUAAAAGUAUCUUACUGUUAUCACCGACGUUAAACCUACUAUAAUAUUAUAAAUUGGCGCUUAUCAAUUUAUUCCCCUGGACCCAAGAACGGUAAACUAAUAGGAUUGCUCAUCCUCACAAGACGUACGUUCGCCUCUU